UUUGGUUGUGACCGAAGCAACUCUCCUGAGAAGGAUGAAAGAAUAUUUAUGGGGUGUUGUCCCUUAUAUUAAUUCAAUGACUACAAUAAUGUGGAAGUUAAUAACACACCUUCCUUUUUCCACCAAAACUUGCCUUUUCUCUUUUGGGCGAUUUUAUACCAAGUUGACAAACAAGGCGCAUCUCUUACAGAAUGACAGCUGCCAGAAAGUGAUGAGUGUCUGCUGAAACGUUUGCUGUCUUCAUACCAGUGCUAGCUUUUUGGGGGCACUUAGGAGUCCUUUGGUUGCCCUUGAGUGUCCAAAUUUAAUUUUACCCAAAAUACAGAUUUGGAGUAGGUGACAGCCUUUGAAGGAGCUAUUCAUAGCUUGGGAAAUUAUUGUAAUCUAAAGAAGGGCUUUGUAAUAAUUUUUAGUUAUAUGUUCAAAUAGAGAGAAAAAUGUUUGGAAUUUUCACUGAGGUGAAAUUUCAAAGUGAAAAUACCAUUUUACACGAUCUUAAAUGUAGAAGUGGCUACAGUUUUCAGAUACACAGAACUUUAACGACUUCCCUGUAUAUGUACUGUCUGGCAGCAUCCAUUUCUUUAUCUUUCCAGCUGCUUGAGAAUGUUCUGACUAGUUGCUAGGAGGUUGCCAAUGGCCACAUUCUGUUUUGGAGUAGUAGAGUUAGUGUCAGUUUAGAAGUAGACUAUUGGAGAAAGCAGUGUGCUGAAGCCACUCUAAAAUGGAGCAAAGGCCUCUGAAGAAGCUGGUGGAAUCCAUCAGUAAAACUGUCAAGAGCUUCAAGAAAAGUGAGAUUGAAUGUCUCAUACGCCUUUUCUGUAGCUUGGCGGAAAGGCCCAGUGGAAAGCUUGCUAAUGCCAGACUAGACUGCAGCACGUUUCGGGGGAUCCUACACAACAUAUUUGGAAUGACUGAUGAUACGUUGAUGAAUAGGGUGUUCUCUGUAUUUGACAAAGACGGUGACAACUAUAUAAAUACACAAGAGUGGGUUAAAGGACUGUCAGUGUUUCUCCGAGGAACUUUUGAAGAAAAGAUGAAAUUCUGUUUUGAAGUUUAUUAUUUAACUGGAGAUGGUUAUAUUUCCCGGGAAAAGAUUUUUGACAUGUUGAAGAAUAGUCUCUCCCAGCAGUCCCCUGAAGAAGAAAAUGAGGAAGGAAUAAGGGAGUUGGUGGAAAUAAGCCUGAAGAAAAUGGACCAUGACAAUGAUGGCAAGAUCUCUUUUGCAGACUUUGAAAAAGCGGUAAAAAAAGACAGGCUUUUGUUGGAGGCCUUUGGACCAUGUCUACCAGAUGCAAAGGUAGUUACAAAUACUAUACUUAAAGUAGAUGAGAGAAAAAUUUCAUUAACAUUAUAUAACGUGUGUGUGUGUGUGUGUGUGUGUGUGUGUGUGUGUGUGUGUGUAAGGUAUGCAUGCCAUGUGCUGGCCAGUUUUAUGCCAACUUGACACAACCUAGAGUCAUUUCAAAGAGUGACCUGAGAAGAUGCCUCCGUAAGAUCGGGCUGUAGGACAUUUUCUUAAUUAGAGAUUGAUGGGGGAUGGUUCAGCCCAUUGUGAGUGAGGGGUUGUCAUCCCUGGGCUGAUGAUGGUCUUGUGUUUUAUAAGAAAGCAGGCUGGGCAAGCCAAAGGAA